AUGGUUCCUCAACAAGAUACUCACGCUUAUCUACGCCUUCGCUCGUAUCGCAAUCUCGAGGAUGCUCGGCAAGCCGCCUUCGAGAAGUGCAGAUACAACUCGACGCGAACUCGAGCCAUCAUCACCUCGCUCUUUCGUGAACGCCACAAAUCCGACCCCCAUCUCUGGCAGCUCGACGUCACGGAGGCAAUAAUUCUCGGGCUUGACAGCAUAGUUAUUGCUGGAACAGGAGCCGGCAAGACGAUGCCCUUCAUGAUGCCCCUCCUCGACAACAAGAAGGUGAUCGUAAUCUCACCUCUCAAAGUUCUCCAAUUGGAGCAGGCUGAAAGAUUCGAAAAAAUGAAGCUGGCGGCUGUUGCUGUUAACGGUGACACAUGGAAUUCCGAGCUACAGAAGGAUCUCGAGCAAGGGAAAUAUCGCGGCAUAUUCACGUCGCCCGAGAUGUGUCUGAAGCAUACCGAAUUCCGUAACCACCUGACCUCAAGCUUUCAAGAUAUAUGUGCCGUUAUUGUCGAUGAGGCCCAUUGCAUCGCGCAGUGGGGCGGAGAUUUCCGUACCGCCUACAGCGAGAUUGGAAAGCUGCGCGCCUUCUUUCCGCCCAAUAUUCCCAUCCUCGCUACCUCCGCGACUCUCCCACAAGCUGCCCUCCAGGAGGUUCGCUCUCAGCUCGGCAUCGAUGCCGCAGACAGUUUCUUUCUCAAUCUCGGCAACGACCGCCCCAACAUCGAGUUCUCUGUCCACAAGAUGAACUCAUCAACUGACUUCAAGGCCCUCAAACCCCUCCUCACUCGAAAGCCCAACCCCUCAACACCUGAUGACUUCCACAAGAGCAUUGUCUUCAUCGAUUCAGUACAGUCAUCCCACCAGGUCCUUCGUGAGGUCCGUUCGUGGUAUCCACGUCACCUCCGCAAGCACAUCGACUUCCUCCACGCCCACCGAUCACCCAAGGCCAAGCGGCGGGCGAUGCGGCGAUUUAGGAAUGGCCGCACAAGAAUCCUCAUCACUACCGAGGCAGCAGGCAUGGGUGCUGACAUUUCUGAUAUCGAGCAAGUCAUCCAGUUUGGCGUUCCCUCAUCGCUGUCAGUCUGGAUGCAACGUGCGGGGCGCGCAGGCCGAGACCCAAGCAUCAAUGCAUGCGCCAUUCUUCUGGUGGAAAAAUCAAUGUUUGAACAGCAGAAAAUACGGAAAGGCCGCAAGAAGAAGGGGGUGGGUGAUGAAGCUGCGCACGAGGUGGAGGAGGAAAUUGGUGGUGGUGACGAGGUCGAGGUCGAGGUUGAGGUCGAGGAGAUAAGGAAUGAGGAAGAUGCCGAGGGAGCAGGUGAUGAUGUAGCAGGAGCUGUGGGGGGUGAUGCCGAGGGGCCACCUACUGUAGACGAGCAUGCAGAGACACCAAGGCCAGGUUACGAGUUUCGUAAAAAGGUUGACAAGGACCUUCGAUGUUGGAUUGUGACCAAGGACUGCCGGAGAGAUGUGGCUGAUGAUUACUUCGGCAACCCUCCUCGAGAGAAAGCACCCACCGGAGCAUGCUGUGACAACUGUGAUGGCCUACCGGCUGAUCUUGAAUCCUCGCGGCCUUCAACACCUGUUCAGUCAACACCUCCGGGCAGCAGCCACUCAACCCCUUCGAAAUCCGUCAACGAAAAUGGCAAGCGUCCGAUGACAGAGGGCAAGAAACCGUCAACACGACGUGGCGACCUUCUCCAGGCCGCUCGGGAUGCUCUGAUCAACUGGCGGUUCAACACGAAGCGAGCAAGAUACAACCCCAGUUCCGUCACUGCUGAGUCUCUCAUGCCAGAGAAUGUCUUGAAAACUCUCGCCUCUUCUCGCCGGAUCUCAUGUGUCGAGGACAUCGAGACCGAGACACAUUGGCUUUUCGCGCAACGUCACGGUGAGGUGUUAGCUGUCCUUCGUCAUGUUGAUCAGGCACACUACGAGAGCAAACAGGCAGCAAAGCAGGCGAAGAAGUCACAAAGCCGUACCAAAUCCAUGCAGCAGCCAUCACCGUCGCAGACCCAGAGACCCAACACCGACCAGGAGAAUCAGCCUCUCACACCAAGAGCGCAAGGCUUGCGAUCCAGUAAAUGUGCACGGCAACCAUGGUCCAACUCGUGUUCAGUCUUUUCAUCUGGCACACCUGUCUCGGUACCAACUCCUGGCACAAUGUCAACAAAUGUCUUAUGUACACCCUCUGGUGGUCUUUUGGACUUCUCGGUCUCUACUCCUAUGCCUCUUGCACCACGUCAACCAAGUUGA